AUGGCCCUCCCAGCACCGCCGCUCCCAGGUGACGGAGCUUUCUUCAUCGACUUCGAGGUUGAGAUGAUGGGCUGGACUCGCGGCUUGAAAUAUAGCAUGAACGACCUCGCUCUCUUCCAACGGGCUUUGCGCCAACGCACCGAUGACGGCCCUAGGGCAUACCAGCACAACCAGGACUUGGCGCAGCAUGGUGAUGGCGUCGCCCGUGAGAUGUGCAGAGCACAGUGGCGAGAGGCUGGAGACAGCAAGAGAGACUUCCACGAUUUUUACGAGGGCCGCGCAUCCACCGAGGAGUUCCUCUCCUACGUGGCAGACAGCCAAGAGCUGUCACUCUACAUCCUUCGCGCGGGCAAUGGCCCAUCCACCUUCACCAACCACGAGAAGGCCGACGUGGUUGAAGCUAGCAUCGGCGCCGUAGACCAAGAUUGCAAUGGCGCGGUUGAUGUUAUGAAAGAAGUCUUGCGCGGCUUCGGGAUCUGCUAUCCCAUGACAGACGAAGAGGUGGAUGAGAUGGAGAGGGUGUGGGAGUUGGCCAGGAGGGCAUUGGCGGAGCAGACGGCGGCGGUGUUGGAGGCGAGGAGAGCGGCGGAGGCGGAGGCGAAGGCGAAGGCGGCCUACGAGGCAUGGAGACUGUGGUGCUGGCAACAGUACUGGGCGCAGGGUGGGCGCUGA